AUGAUCUUGUCACCGCCCGGCGCGGGCAGCCUCGUCACGCAGGUGGCUCGCCAGGAACCACGCAUCUUCACACAGACCCUCACCCGGCCAGCCACCACGCUCGUCACGCUUAUUACGCUUGGCUCCACGCCGUCUACCUCGUCCUCCUCCUCGUCAUCAUCGCCGAGCCCGACCGCGUCCCUCGUCGUCCCAGCCAACAGCGGCGGCAAGCACGGCCUUUCCAGCGUGCAGCUGGGCGCCAUACUGGGCUCCAUCGCGGCGGUCGUCGUCCUCGUCAUCGUCGCCGGCAUCUGCCUCGCAAACAAGACCCCGCCUCGGAAGCGGCACACCUACGUGUAUCAGGACUGGAGCACCAGCAGCAGCGGUGGCAGUCACGGCUCGUCGUCGACAUCUAGCAGCUCGACGGCCAAGUCGAAGAAGAAGCCGCCGCCCAAGGGCCCGAAGGGGCCGUCGCGGCCACCGCAACUGAUUCCCGGAGGCGCGCCGUAUCCGACAUACAAGGCGGUGCCGAUACCCAAUCCGAGGAAGCCGCCCAGUGUGAAGCGCGUGUUUGUGUAG